ACAAUAAGGCAGCCUGGGGAGGGCCUGGGGCAGGGCGAACGCAGACUCCAGAGGCCGAGGGUAAGGAAGGUGAGUACAUCAUCUAACCUCACCGUUUGGCCACAGGCGGACUCUGCUCUUUAGGGACAGGUAGAACCUUUACUCAGAGAAAAGUCACCUUUUGGCACCGGGAGGAAAGUGCUCUCACCCUCAUGACACCCCCAACAGAGGUAAAUAUGAGAGGAGUCUCGUGAAAGGAAACAGCAUUAAAACAGAUCCCUGAAAGCGAAAGCAGAGCCUGGGAGCACGAGCUCGGAGUCUGUGGCCUGGGAGGUGGAGGCGAGCGAGCUCUGCAGAGGAGACAGGGGGAGCUUUGUGCCCCGGCCGGCCAGGCGCCCGGCCUCCUAUCUGUGCUGUGCGUCCUGGGAACAUGCAGGGACUCCUCCUGGCCACCUUCCUCCUGUCAGCCCCGGCACAGUUCUGCUGCAGGGCACAGGGCCCCGGGCCAUUAGAGGUGACUCGUGAAGGAAGGCCUGGCGAAACAGAAGUGCAGCAUCGGAAACAGGUCUGUCACUGGCCCUGCAGAUGUCCUCAGAAGGCCAGCUGCCCCCCUGGAGUGAGCCUAGUGAGGGAUGGCUGUGGAUGCUGUAAGAUCUGUGCCAAGCAACCAGGGGACGUCUGCAAUGAAGCCGAGCUCUGCGAUCCGCACAAAGGAUUGUACUGUGACUACUCAGCAGACAGGCCGAGGUACGAGACCGGAGUGUGCGCAUACCUUGUGGCUGUGGGAUGCGAGUUCAACAGGGUACAUUAUCCUAAUGGCCAAGUGUUUCAGCCCAGCCCCCUGUUUAGCUGCCUCUGUGUGAGUGGGGCCAUUGGAUGCACCCCUUUGUUCAUCCCAAAGCUGGCUAACAGUCACUGCUCUGGGGCGAAAGGUGGAAAGAAGUCUGAUCAACCAAACUGUGGCCUGGGACCAUUACAGCAGCAGCUCUCAACAGCCUACAAAACAAUGCCAGCUUAUAGGAAUCUCCCACUUAUUUGGAAAAGAAAAUGUCUUAUUCAAGCUACAAAGUGGACGCCUUGCUCCAGAACAUGCGGGAUGGGAAUUUCUAACAGGGUAACCAAUGAAAAUAACAAGUGCCAACUCAGAACAGAGAGAAGACUGUGCUAUAUUCAGCCUUGUGACAGUAAUAUAUUAAAGACAGUAAAGAUCCCCAAAGGAAAAACAUGCCAACCUACUUUCCAACUCUUCAAAGCUGAAAAAUUCAUCCUCUCUGGAUGUUCAAGCACCCAGAGUUAUAAACCCACUUUCUGUGGAAUAUGCAUGGAUAAGAGAUGCUGUGUUCCUAAUAAGUCUAAGAUGAUUACCAUUCAAUUUGAUUGCCCAAAUGAAGGGUCAUUUAAAUGGAAGAUGCUGUGGAUCACAUCUUGUGUAUGUCAGAGAAACUGCAGAGAUUCGGGAGAUGUAUUUUCUGAGCUCAAGAUUCUCUAACGGCCAAGCACAUGGGGGAAAAACUCAAGGUUAGUCAAUCAUGUCAUUACAUCAAAACAUUAG